GCUACAAGCAAAGCUCAGAGAAGGAAGAUGAGGAAAAGCGCGCGUGCACUCGAUGCUCUCCUCGCGUGCGCAGUCGCUGACCUCACUCCCAUCGUCCGCAUUGUUUGCAGUCGCCUUCCUCCACGAGUGGCCGCUUGUUAUCAGGUUCCAGUGAUUUCACGAAGACAGACGCGAUGAUGGGCACGAAAGGUGUCCAUGUAAAGUCUGGACCGUGUCUCGGUGCAGAGCUGACUGAUGAGGAGAAGGAGAUCAUCAACAGCGUCAUUGUGCGUGCCGAAAAAAUGGAGGCAAUGGAGCAAGAGAGGAUUGGACGUCUGGUGAAUCGUCUGGACAACAUGAAAAAGGCUGUUUGUGGGGACGGAGUGUCACGCUGCCUUUUAUGUGGAGAGCAGCUGGGAGCCGGAGGAGACAGAUCAGUGGUUUGUGAGGACUGUAAAAAGAACAUGUGCACCAAGUGUGGAGUGCAGGCGACUGCUCGGCCGCGGUCUGUGUGGCUCUGCAAGAUCUGCAGUGAGCAGAGAGAGGUAUGGAAGCGAUCUGGAGCCUGGUUCUUCAAAGGUCUCCCUAAGCAGUUCUUGCCCUCACCGAUGCCCAUUUCCAGAGAUCCCAGUCCUCAGAAGAGCCCUGCAGCUGCUCCAGCGGCUGUGCAGACUCAAGUACCGGUUGCAGCUCCAGAGCCGACAGUGGAUCCACCGAUCGCCCAAAAACCACCUGUGGCUCCGAAACCUGCUCACCUUCACACUCACAGUGACUCAGAGAAGGAUGGAGAUGCAGGAAGCUCCCAGAAUGCCCCAGUGCUGAUGAAGAAGACGGCGAAUGUCCACGCGGCCAGACCAGUCGCUUCAGGCACAUUCCAGCCGGCAGCUGCUCAGGAGGCAGAGAGAGGAGCGUCUCAGUGUCGUGUGCAGGAGAGAGAGAGAGAGGAGAUGAAGCCCGCUCCACCAGACGACGACGACGAGGCCAACAGCUACGACUCUGAUGAAGCCACCACUCUGGGAUCACUAGAGUUCACUUUACUGUACGACCAAGGGAACAACAGCCUCCACUGCAGCAUUAUCAGAGCCAAGGGACUGAAACCGAUGGAUUCGAACGGUCUGGCAGAUCCUUACGUCAAGCUUCAUCUGUUACCGGGUGCAAGCAAGUCAAAUAAACUACGCACCAAGACGCUGCGCAACACUCGCAACCCUUGCUGGAACGAGACGCUGGUGUACCACGGGCUGACAGACGAGGACAUGCAGCGCAAGACCCUCAGAAUAUCUGUCUGUGAUGAAGACAAGUUUGGGCACAAUGAGUUCAUCGGAGAAACCAGAGUCGCGCUGAAAAAGCUCAAGAUCAAUCAGAAGAAGAACUUUAACGUGUGUCUCGAGAGGGUUGUGCCGACAAAAAGAUCAUCGACUGCAGGCGGUGCUCGAGGAAUCACCCUCUACGAGGAUGAGACUGGGAAGGACGGCUCUGAGCUGGAAGAGAGAGGACGGAUCCUGAUAUCCCUCAUGUACAACACUCAGCUGGGUCGCCUCAUCGUAGGCGUUAUACGCUGUGUUCACUUAGCAGCAAUGGACGCCAAUGGGUAUUCUGAUCCUUUUGUCAAAAUAUGCCUGAAACCUGAUAUGGGGAAGAAAGCAAAGAACAAAACGCAGACCAAGAAGAAAACACUCAACCCUGAGUUUAAUGAGGAGUUCAGCUAUGAAAUUAAGCAUGGAGAGCUGGCCAAAAAGACCCUUGACAUCUCUGUAUGGGACUAUGACAUUGGCAAAAGCAAUGACUAUAUAGGAGGCUGUCAGCUGGGUAUCACUGCCAAAGGUGAGCGUCUGAAGCACUGGUACGAAUGCCUCAAGAACAAAGACAAGAAGAUCGAGCGCUGGCAUACUCUGCUCAACGAGAAUCACGUCUCCAGUGAUUAGGCUCUUAAAGCGUUCUGCAUGCCUUUAAGUUCUACUCGGCCCGUUUUACAACUCCAUUGCCCUCCACUAACUGCAUAUCCUGAGCUAUAGCGAUCUCGCUCUUGUCUGGCUGACACGAGAAACAAACCGUGAUGUCUGGAGCUCUUCUGUUCACUGUGACCCACACAGACGUCUGUAGGUUAGCACUGAAGUGUUAAAGAACUGCACAAAGACCUUCACUAAUCCGGCCACAGUAGCAUUGUGAUUUUAACUCUAGUUGAAGAACAACUGUAGAAACUCCAAAUAAUUAUCUUGUUGUGGGAAUGCGUUAGUGUAAUAUCAAGUCUCUUAGCAAUCUCUCUGAAUAUAAAGCACUUGGAAAGUAUUUCUCCUUAAAAAAAAACUAAAAAACUAAAAGAGGCCGAUACAGAAUGUAAAAGCCCUAUUUAAACCAGUCUCAGAUUGUUUACAGGCCAUGCAGAAUGUCAGGUAAAAUUAUUAAUUAUAUUAUUAAUUAAAUACCUUCAACAUCAGAUUUACGCGAGGCAAUGUUAUUUUCGUUUCACUGAUACGCUAUAGUUGUUUUGUUUUUUGUUAGAUUUUAUUUUUAUAUUUUGAAAAACUAUCAUUUUUAGAUUUCACUUUCAUUUUAGUUCAAGUUUUAAUAAUUUGGCUUUUAGUUUUUGCCAUUUUUUAAAAGUCUAUAUAUAUUUUUUUAUACAUUUUUGUGUAUUAGUUAAAAAAAAUUAUAGUGUUUUACUACUAGAAGUUGAACAAACAAAAUAAAAAUGUCAAGUGACAGAUUUAAGGUUUUAAUUUUAGUUAGCUAUCUGAGGUCAAAAGAAGCAGCUAGUUGUUUCAGACAAGCAACAUGUAGAGAUGUUUACACAGCACAGAUACGACUAAACCUAAAGAAUGUCCAAACUACAACAUUAUCUGUUUGCCAAUGAUACGUUUAGACUUCGCUUCGAGUCUAAUGAAUGUGAUUUUGUAACACAUUGCCUGUUACGUCUGGUUUACAACUACAUUAUUACUGUAUGUAAGCACACUCUUCAAACAUGCAUCCUAUUUAUGGUCUAUAAUGUGCUGAAAAUACAAUUGCCUUGUGUGAAGAAAACCAUGAAUCCAUGAAUAAAUGAAAUAGGAAAGACUAAAAAUAGUCCACUGCAUCAUGUGGCUGUGACACAAGCCAAGAAAAAAUGUGAACACUGAAAGGAAAGCACAGUUACAAUGGAGUGACCUCCACAUUUCUAUUCUUUGCUGUUAUUAUAACCAGCUCUUAUGCAUGAGAGUGUCUUAGAUCAUAGUGAGUACCGUUCAUUUGCUUUGUAUAAUUUAAUCCCAGUAGAAAUGAAAUUACCGUUUACCAAUAAACACUUGGCGGCGACACUUCCGGGUUUCUCAGGAACCCCAAAACAGAGAUGCUUUACAUUAUAUUACUUACACCUGAGCUGGAAGAGACUGAAGAGUGACUUGUGUGCACUUGAGACGCCACAUUUACAAAACAAAAAUACGCAAAUUAUUAUAAUUCACCAAAAUGAUCUGCUCUAAUGCAGAGUUUCAGGUCUUAACUCGCUCUUUUAUUUAUUUUUUAAUCACAAAUUAGGAUUUGAAAAGGUAUUAAAAUGGAGCAAAUGGAUAUUCUUCAAAGUGAAUGCAUAGAAUUGUGGCAUUAAAUGCUGAAUACAAAAAAAUUCCAUUUCCAAUGCAGAUAUCUUCCAUAUAUCGAGAUGGAUUUAAUACAGAUGCAAAUUAAACAGAUGAAGUCUUGUUUUCUGAGAAAUUGAAUGAAAUAAAGUCAGUUAAUGCUAAAAACCAGAACAAAUAUCUUCCAACGGAGGGAUGUUUGGCACAUACUUGUUCUCGUUUUAAUCAUAAACUUACUUCAUGUUGAUCAAUUCCUCAUAAAACAAAUGUAGCUUGAUUUAAAAUUCUUCAGACAUUUGCGUCAAAACCAUUGAUUAAAAAUAUUAUUUUUAUAUUUAUGCAUUUGGAGACCACAUUUAUGUAUCAUGUUCCGUUUAAUUUAUUCCUUAAGUUUUCUUUACUUGGUCUUCAAAGUUAUUAAAAAGCCUUUAAUUGAUUUUCAUUAAACCUGCAGAAAUGCUGUAUUAUGACCCAGUUUGCCCACAGCUGCUGGCUUCAUGCAAAGUAUAGCAAAAUCUGAUGAUUGCGGUGUCAAUAUAUUUUUAUAUUUCAUAUUCUACAUGGCAUCUGGUCCUAACACCAAAUAACCAUCAAUGACUGUGAAAGGAUAUUUGAAGGAAAACGUUUCAAAGCUGAAAAAAAGAGUAUUUUGAAUGCUGCAUGUAAUUUUACAGUGUUAUCAAGUCAAUAUCAAAUAUAAUUAUUUACAGUAUAUGGUCAAAUGUAUAUUCAAGCAAUAAAGAUGCAUUGCUUAUCUGAUUUGACCUUUUAACUAAGAUAUAUAUAUAUCUAUCAUAUCUCAGGCUUUAGAGGUAUGUGAGGAUGUGCAUUUACUGUCUUGUUGCACGUUCGACAAAUAAAUGACUAAAGCUAUCUAUAAAUCUGAGAAUAAAGAAUACAGUGAAGGGAGAAACCGGAAGUGUGGUCACCCAUUGUUUGACAUUACAACAGAUUUUAAAGGGUUCAUGCCACGAGGAAUCACAUUUCCUCUGUAUUUUCAUAUAUAAGAGAUCACUGUAUUAUAAAAACACUAAGUCCGAGAACAUAACACAUCUUCCAAAAAUAGCUUUUAUUGUUACUUCUAUGAAAAAAACUAAACAGAACAACAACAAAAAACCCUGGAAAUGAUGAGUUAUUCUGAAUAAUUUUGAAAGUCUCAAGACGGCAAUCAUUUUGGUUAAGACUGGUGCAAAAUGCUCACAUAUUAAUGCAUUUAGACCAUCUUUGAACAAACAACUUCGCAAGUAAAUGAACCUUAAGGAAUAUCAGAAUAAAAAAAUAAAAAAAUGCAUGACACGACCCCUAGACUAUUUUGUAGUCCAGAUUAGUCAUUUAGGUUUUUAAAAAUAAUGAAUGUGAUCUUGCUGUAUUUUUUCACGAAACCUUGUUCACAUGCAGAUCUAUCUAUGAUAUCUGUCAUCUGCAAAAAACUAAACAUAGCACACCAGUCUGAUACUUUAAGACCAUAUUUGCCAGUUUAGUUUGUGAAUGUUUAUUGGUAUGAAUUUGUUCUUGUUCAUUAACGAUGCAGUUGUAUAUAUAUAUAUAUAUAGUGCAUGUACGUGCACAGCAGGGAAGUGUUUACUGUAUGUCUGAAGUCUGCAUGUAAAGAUUUUACUUGGAGUUCAAAACACAGAGGCCAAUAAAAGUCGAUAUAACUGCA